AUGACGAUGUCCGAACUUACCUUUCACACCUUUCAGCUGAAUAAUGGCGCCUCCAUGCCAGCCAUUGGGCUCGGGACAUGGCAAUCGAAGAAUAACGAGACACGUGAAGCUGUAAAGUACGCACUGCAACAUGGGUAUCGCCACAUCGACACGGCUCUGAACUACGGCAAUGAGAGGGAAGUCGGCGAGGGUAUACGCGCUUCUGGUGUGCCAAGGGAACAAAUCUGGGUGACAACAAAGCUGGACAACCACUGGCAUCAUCGCGUAUCGGAAGGGCUUGAUGCUUCUCUGCAGGCCCUUGGCCUCGACUAUGUUGAUUUGUAUCUGAUUCAUUUUCCGUGCUCGACAGAUCCCGAAGACAGAUCAAAGCAUCUGCCGGAUUGGGAUUUCGUGAAGACAUGGCAAGAAAUGCAGAAGCUUCUUGCUACGGAGAAAGUGCGAACGAUCGGUGUUUCCAAUUUCCAGAUCUCACAUCUGGAGAGACUCUUGAAUGACCCGUCGUGUCAAGUGAUUCCGGCUGUCAAUCAAAUCGAGAUGCAUCCGCACAAUCCAUCUCCCAAGUUGCUAAAGUAUUGCAAUAUGAAAGGCAUUCAUUGCACUGCAUACUCUUGCUUGGGUGGCAACACGACAUCUGCCAUAAACGCUCACACUAGUCUAAUUGAAGAUCUCGUGGUGCUAAAGAUUGCAGAAAGAAAAAAGAAAACGCCUGCUCAAGUUUUGUUGAUGUGGGGUUUACAACGCGGGUCCAGCAUCAUCCCGAAGAGUGUGACCCCACCAAGAAUCGAUUCCAACUUCCAAAUGGAUGACUGGAGCUUGUCGAAAGACGAGAUUGUCGCUAUUAACGGGAUCCAGACACGGGCUAAAGUUGUUGGUGAUGGUUGGAUGCCCAUUCGCGUCUUUUUGGGAGACGAUGAAUAA